GUUCCUGACAACUUCUCUUCUUUCCUGCACUCCUAAAACCUCUGAUUUGUGCCCUCUGCUUUCUUGUUGCCAUGGAGAAGGUCCAAUACAUAACCCGCUCUGCUCUGAGGAGAGCCUCAACUAUUGAGGUCAAUCCACAAGCACGCCAAAGGCUCCAAGAGCUCUUUGUGAAUUUCUGCCUCAUUUUAAUUUGCCUCUUGCUGAUCUGUAUCAUUGUGAUGCUCCUCUGAAGUUCCAGCACCUCUCCACACAGUCCUCUAGGAAAGUCACCCCAGAGGGAAGAGAGACCUCCACCCGCAACUCCCAAUGCAAGGAUCUUCUUAUGAGAGGGGCUAGCACUUGGACU